AUGGCUGGCGAAAAGCACGUCACAGUUACCAGUAGAAUUCUAAUGCCGGCUGAUACGUUUUCUGUUGAUCUACACCCCGACACCCCAUCCCCCACCAGUCUCACCCCAAACCCAGUCACACCCCCCAAACCACACCCCCCCAGUUACACCCUCCGACACCACAUCCACACCAGUCUACACCCUCCAACGCCCGAUCCACACCAGUCUACACCCACCAACACCCGAUCCACACCAGUCUACACCCUCCAACACCCGAUCCACAUCAGCCUACACCCACCAACACCCGAUCCACACCAGUCUACACCCACCAACACCCGAUCCACACCAGCCUACACCCUCCAACACCACAUCCACACCAGCCUACACCCACCAACACCCGAUCCACACCAGUCUACACCCACCAACACCCACCACAUUAUACUUUGCAGCCGCGUCUAUCCCCGUCUGGCUUAA